GAGAGGCGGAGUGAGCUGCAGAGCUUCAGCUCCUCUAAACGCCCUCCCUCACACACUUACACACACACAUACAGUUCCCCACACACACACACGGGGGGUAGGCUCUCUCCACCUGACUUUCCCCUUCCAUUCAGCGACCUCUGACAGCCGCUCAGACCGCUAUGACGUCUCGUAGGUGGUUCCACCCAAACAUCACUGGCAUAGAAGCAGAGCACCUCCUCCUGACGCGAGGUGUCCACGGCAGCUUCCUCGCCAGACCCAGCAAGAGCAACCCCGGAGAUUUCACUCUGUCUGUCAGCAGACGGAACGAUGAGGUCACCCACAUUAAGAUCCAGAAUUCCGGGGAUUACUAUGACCUUUAUGGAGGGGAGAAGUUUGCCACCCUGGCCGAGCUGGUGCAGUACUACACGGAACAACAUGACCUUCUGCGGGAGAGGAACGGAGACAUCAUCGAGCUUAAAUACCCCCUCAACUGUAAAGACCCCACAUCUGAGAGGUGGUACCACGGGCAUCUCUCGGGGAGAGACGCAGAGAAGCUCCUCACGGACAAGGGCAAGCCUGGCAGCUUCCUGGUGAGAGAGAGUCAGAGCAAGCCUGGGGACUUUGUGCUGUCUGUUCUCACUAAUGAGGAGAAGCAUGAAAACGUGGACCGCAAGACAAAAGUCACCCACGUCAUGAUCCGAUUCCAGGAUGGAAAGUAUGAUGUGGGUGGAGGGGAGAGGUUUGACACUCUGGCAGACUUGGUGGAGCAUUAUAAAAAAAACCCGAUGGUGGAGAAGAGUGGGAUUGUAGUGCACCUUAAACAGCCGUUCAAUGCCACGCGGAUAAAUGCAGCCAACAUUGAGAACCGGGUGCGAGAAUUAAACAAAGUGGCAGACAACUCAGAGAAACCCAAGCAAGGCUUCUGGGAGGAAUUUGAGGUGCUUCAGCAGCAGGAAUGUAAACUCCUGUACCCCAGGAAAGAAGGCCAGAGACCAGAGAAUAAGAGCAAAAACAGAUAUAAAAACAUUCUGCCCUUUGACACCACUCGUGUGGAGAUCAAAGACGCAGAUCCUGAUGUGCCUGGCUCUGACUACAUCAACGCCAACUAUAUCAGAAGUAAGCAUGAAGAGGGUCGUCACGUGGAUGAAGGCAAAGUGUUCAUCGCUACUCAGGGCUGCCUUCAGAACACAGUGCUGGACUUCUGGAAAAUGGUCUACCAAGAAAACACUCAUGUUAUUGUCAUGACCACCAAGGAGAUGGAGCGGGGCAGGAAUAAGUGUGUGCGGUACUGGCCAGAUAUAGGUUUAACAAGGGAGUUUGGGAAGGUGUGUGUGAGGAACAUUGAAGAGCACACUGCUCAGGACUACAUUCUCCGAGAGCUGGAGGUUACACGUACAGAUCGGAAAGAGCCUGUCAGGUACAUUUGGCACUACCAGUACCUGAGCUGGCCUGAUCACGGAGUGCCCAAUGAACCAGGAGGAGUUCUCAACUUUCUGGAACAGGUCAACAGAACACAGAGUGCCAUUCCAGACACCGGACCUGUUGUGGUCCACUGCAGUGCAGGGAUAGGAAGGACAGGCACAAUCAUUGUGAUUGACAUCCUCAUUGACAUCAUAAACAGACAAGGGCUGGACUGUGACAUUGACAUCCCAAAGACCAUUCAGAGAGUGCGUCAGCAGCGUUCAGGCAUGGUCCAGACUGAAGCACAGUACAAGUUCAUCUACAUGGCUGUGCAGCAGUAUAUCGACACAGCCCAAAAGAGACUGGAGGAAGAGCAGAGGAAUAAGACAAAGGAGCGAGAGUACUCCAACAUCAAGUACCCUCAGGUGACGAACGCUAGAGCCAAUCCCAACCUGAGCUCCUCUCGCUCUUCAUCUGUCAUGAAUGACGACUCAUCCGGUGUGUACGAGAACUUAAACAUCAAAAACCCAAAGAGCUCCGCCUGCACCAACACCAGGAGAUAGGCCACGUGGGCCGCAGCCUCACACUGACUCUGCAGGCUAUGUGUGGAAGUGUUUGGUGUCGGGAUGGCUCUGGAGCUUUUGGCAUUGAGUGGACGUGUAUGUCUGCUGGCCCUGGACCGGCCCCGACCCCGGCCAGCACUGAUUGGGCCACAGCUCCUCCACUGCUUCCCUCCUCACUCCUCACUGUCUGACUAACUGACUGACUCUCCGUGAGUGUGGUGGCACUCACAGUCUAAGUGCCUGAUGUGCAGCAAAACAGCCAGAGCACAGCCGACAUGGUGCUUCUCCUCCAGUCUGAAGAUAAGCCUGCACAGCUCACCACUCAGCUACAAACCUCUACACACUUCUACACACUUCUACACCACCAUGUCUGUCCUACAGGACUUCUCUGUGCUAAGCGAUGCAAGCUUCAGCAGGGCUACGUUGCGUUCUGUCCAAUAUAUGCCUGCUGUCCAUUGGAUGUGGAUGUGAUGUACUGUAACCAAAGACUUUUUUUUGUAUAUUUCUCACUGUAUCUCACUAGCGGCAGGCAGUAAUCUGGGCUUCGCUGAGCCGAGUGAUGGACAGGUGAUUGAGAUGUAGAGAGGUGGCACACUGAAGCAAUCCGGGGGUCUAAGGAUCUCUACGAAUUCUGUGCCAGGAUUUGACGAUUAGCCAAGAUAUGCCAAAUUAGGUCAUUUUUUGCUAUUGGCAUUUAUUGGAUUGGUAGCUAAACGGUAACAGUGCUAAACGGGUAGUUUUAAGCAGGAUGUGUGCAAUAGAAUCAAAAUUAGAGCGCAGCAAGUUUCAUUCGUGCCAAUAAGCAGCCUGCAUUUCGUGCUUCGUGCAGAUGUGUCCGCUUCCUCGCUGCGUUACAAAAGCUUCACUCUUUACAGAGCUCACAGACUGCUGUACGGGGGCUACUCGCAUGUUACAGCCGGCUACUGACGGGCUCCUCGACCAAUCAGCCUGCGUGCAUAGUGGGUGGGCUCCUCCCACUAGAACUUAGGCUUCUUCUUCUCCUUCCUGAACAGUGGGCACGCCUUCAGGACUAGAGAGGUUUUUAUUUCCUCGUUUUUAGUUGUUUUUUCUAUGUGUUAUAUCUAUGAUUCCUUCAUUCAGAGUUUUCGUUAUAACGUGAUUUUUGUGUAUGUGGUUGGUUUUGCGAUUUUUUCGAUGUACAGCACAUAUGCAGGUUUUUGAUGAAGAAGAUGAUUAUGUUGGGGUUUUUUUUGGCAAUCUGAUGUUGAAAUCAAUCUCUGGCCAGGGUUGAGGUUAGUUGAUGUUAGUUUUUCAUUUCAUUGUUAGGGAUGCACCAUCAUUUAAAAAAUUGGAAACAAAAUGAAAAAAAAAACACUAAAUUAAAUAUAUAUAUACACAGAUGUAUAUUUAUUGAACAUCCCAGCUAGGUCUACCAUGAUGAGCACGAUUGUAUGGACGAUAUAUUGUCCCAAAAAUAAGUUUUUUGUCAUUUUAAUACCAUUUUAUUCCAGUGAUACACUUGAAAAUGAUAAUGUUAUAGCAUAAUAUACAGUAACACCAUUUUAAAGCAAUGAACUGUUAUUCAUUCAUUCAUGUUUUUAUCUAAAUAAAUAAAACAUAAGUAAAAUAAAACUGCAGGUUCUAAAAUGAUUUGACAUACCAGAUCACGUUUUGAUAAUUAUUUUAAUUAUAAUGACAGGCCUAAUCCCAGCAGACAUAAAAACUAAGCACACUAUGAAUUAAAUAAAUAAAUAAAUAAAUAAAUGAGUCAUUGUUCUGUAUAAAUUAUUUUACCUUUUCUUUUUUAUUAUUGAUUGCUUUUUGUAAUUGUCAGCCAAAUAAUUUAGAUUUCCACGAUUUAUUUGGUGCAUCCCUAUUUUAUGAUGUUAUACCACAUGUUCUUCAAAGGAGGAUCACAGAAUCUUUUUAAUCGAUAUUCAGGGUGUAUUGCAUUAUUAUAUAUAAACAGAUAUUUUGGGAUGGCGCUGUAACAUUACAUUUUAAGCGCAGGUUGAGAUUUAUUCUGGGAAUUCUAGGUCGGGUAGGUGAAAGUCGUCAUGUUUCUAAACGUGUCCAGGCCUCGAGGGCCGGGUCAUUGACGUGAGCAGCCUUCAGCGCAGACUUAAGCUAAACAGCAGCGGGCCAGAUGGCCCCAGCCCAAGAUUAAAGAAUAGAUUUGUCUAGGAAAAAAAGCAAUUUGAAAGACGGCUGUAAUCCAGGCGAGAUGAUUGGAAGAAAGCAGCAUCGCUGGUGAUGUCAGAAGACAGGCGAUGUUGCGUACGCUGCACGGCUGCAUGCGAGGACGUAUGCGGCCGUCUUUCAGCUGAAAAUAACCCGGGUCACGAUGGCUCUGAUUAAUCACUGUCUAUGAGCGUGAAUGUGGUUUUACCCAGGGCUAAACGAGGAGCGUGUGAUGUCAUGAGAGUAGAAGAAGAGAGGAUACGUGCUUUAUUUGGGUGCGACUCCGCUGUGGUUUCAGUGUUUUUUUUAGUGUUUUUUUUUAGGCUGUGAUCUGACAGAUGUUGCCAAGUUGCUGUAAAAUCCCCCUCAAAACAGCAAUUAAAGCAGCAAUCUGAAGGUUUAGUUUUUUUUGGAUCAUUAACCUGUGAAUUUGCUGUCCUCUUGGUGACUUUCAGAGCCAAAAAUUGUGUCAGUAAGCUUGUGCAGGUUUUAGAGUGUGGGCGGAGAUUUGCAUCUAGUACUACAAAUAAGCGAACACUGAAGUUUAAUGCUAGUAAUCAUGUCCCAGUGCUCGAGCUUAUAAAGCUUAUUCUCUGUCUUUUACCACACUUUGAAUGAAAAAUAAAGAAUUCUAUUUAUUGUAUCUUAAUUCUACGCUGAUCAAGCAUUACAUUAUGACUACCUCCUUGUUUCGAGACUUAUUAUCCAUUUUUUUAGCUCUACUUACCAUAUGGUUGCUGUUUUUUAUCUGUUACACUUCAUAAUUUAUUAUCCUCUUUUCAUCCCCAAGACCACACAGAGGGUAUUAUUUGGGUUAUGGCUCAUUCUCAUUGUCAGUGCAGUGGGCACGGUUUCAUGGUGGUGAUUAAUGUAUUAGUGUUAGACUGUGGUGUGCUGGUAUGAGUGGAUCAGACACAGCAGUGCUGCUGGAGUUUUUAAACACUCUGUGUCCACUCACUUUGCGUUUACUCUAUUAAACACUCCAACCUAGUUGUUCCAGCUUGAAAUGUAAAGUCAGAGACUGGAGCUCAUCUGUUGCUACACAGUUUGUGUUGGUCAUCCUGUAGUCCUUCUUCAGUGCUCACAGGACGCUGCUCACAGAACAGUUGUUGGACUAUUCUCAGUGCAGCUGUGACACUAUGGUGUUUAAAAACUCCAGCAGCACUGCUGUAGCUGGAUAAUGGAUAAUGGAUGACAGGUGUAAAAAUGAGGAUGUAGUCAUAAUGAUCAGUGUACUAGGACUGAAGAUGAUCUCUUGUAUAACUUGUUGAAUUUUUGUUUGAAAGUUUGUUUCCUCACUUUAAGGGGUCAAUCUUUGGCGAUUUGCUGAGAUAGUGAGACUUUUAAUACUUGAACUUUGACCUUUGUAUGAACUACUGAACCCUAGCGGCAGGCUAGUGUCAGAAUGUCCUUUGAGUGUUGGCGAGUAUAUGACUUUUUUUGUUUGUUUGUUUGUUUUUGUCAUUUCGAUGUUUUGCCAUCACUGUUGGAUUUUAUGAUAUAUAUUGGUUUACUCAGAAGUUGAUUUAUUUUAAAUUUUAUGUUUUAAAUCUAUACAGAAAUAUGGACAUUAUUAUUAUUAAUAUUGUGUUGAUUAUUCUAAAGUAUAUCAAAAAUGUUAUUUUGCUUUUUUGUUAAUUUGCUUAAUUUACUUGAAUAUUAUGUUGAUCUAUGAUUAAUAUUUUUUAUCCCUGUUUCUGUGGUGAAUGAACUAUGCCUGAGUAUGUGAGUAGUGGUGUGUGCUGACUGUCCUCGUGUGAAGACUGUUUUCCCCCUCUUGCACUGGCUCAGCCUAAACGCCUUUUGUCCUGGCAAACACAGCUGAUGCGAUGACUGUCUCAAAUGAUAAUAAUAAUAAAAUAAAUGCAUAUAGUC